AUGAUAUUUAUUCUAAGGUUUUCGAGUAUUUUAUCUACUCUAAAACUUCUACCAUGAAUGAAGUGAGUGUUUUUUGAUUAUUAAUCCAAUAUCCAUCAAAACAGGUUUAAUUAAAUAGGAGAUAAAAUUUGCAUUUACACAAGCAUCCCAUUUAGUGAAUGCACCCACAUAUCAAUUAUAGAAGUUGUUAAUCACAACUUAAACAUUGAGAUAUACUCAUCACUAGUUUAGAUAUUGCUGACUCACUCUUUAGUUACGAUAAGUUUGUACUGCAUCAAACUAAAUUACAAUGGUUUGCUGGAUAUUGUAGAAGGCAAGUUUUAGUAGCAAUAUAUAUAUACCACUGAUUAAGACAUUUAGUCUGGUAGCUAGGAAACAGUAUAGAAAGUGCAAAAAAGUAUUCUCACAUUGUUAUCAUAUAAGAUUGUUCAUUACCAUUAUCCUUUUUCUGAGGUUUGUAUUCAAUUAAAGUUGCAACAUUUUAAGCCCACACUUUAUUAAAGAGUUCAGUUUAAAUUAAUUGCUAUGAAAUCACUGGCCGUAGAGUCCAUUGAUGCUCCAUUCCUUAAUCUAAACUGA